GCUGUAGUUGAUGCAAAUCUAAGGGAGAAGGAGAGCUUCAACGAGCUGCAGGUUGAGAUCCAGCGACAAAUCUUGCAAGCUCAGACUGAUAUUGAGGAUCUUAAGAAACAACUUGAACAGAGCAAGAUUGAGAGGCAGCACAAAGAGGAAUGUGAAGCGAUCAGAAAAUUGAUUUCCUCGCAGCCUCCACGGUCAGAAACCGAGAAACUUAUUGCUAAUCUUGAGAAGGAGAUAGCUAAUUUGGAGGCACAGAGUGCAGCAUGUACAAGGACGUUAGAGCUUAGGAAGAAGCAGUUUGCUCUUCUUCUUCAUGUGAUUUCAUCCAAGGUAUAUCACACCCAGUAGUUAGACCAUGGUGAGAACGAUGUGUAGCUGUUGUCUGCUGAUGCCCAAGCUUAUA